AUGCUGCUCUACUACUCCCUCGCCGCCUUCCUCGCCCUCGUCGACUCUGGCAAUGCCCAGUCCUCCUCUGCCGCGCCAGCAGCAGCAGCAGCAGCACCGUCCGGUUCCGGGGCACCUGCGACGGGCUCAUACCCUACUGAUCUCGUUGGGACGUGGUCGAGUAAAUCCCGCUCCGUCCUCACCGGCCCCGGCUUCUACGACCCCCUCAACGACAACCUCCUCGAGCCCGACCACACCGGCAUUUCCUACUCCUUCACCUCCGACGGCUACUUCGAGGAAGCCUACUACCGCGCCAACGCCAACCCCACCGCCCCGGACUGUCCCUCCGCGAUUAUGCAGUGGCAGCACGGCAGCUGGACGUUCAACGCGGACGGGAGUUUGAAGCUGGAGCCGCUGGCGGUGGAUGGGCGGCAGUUGACGAGCCAGCCGUGUAAUUCGGAUAAUAGUAUUUACUUACGGUAUAACCAGACGGAGACGUUUGAGAGAUACUCGGUCUACACCGACCCCUUCCACAACAUCCCCCGCCUCGACCUCUUCCAAUUCGACGGCUCCCCGCUCAUGCCCCUCUACCUCAUCUACUCGCCGCCGCAAAUGCUGCCCACCACCACGCUGAACCCCAUCGUCAGCGCCACCGCCGCCUCGAACAAGAAGCGCAGUGAGGGAGAAGGAAGCAAGCACGAGAAACGCGGCGGCGACUUCGCAAACGAAGUCCCGAUCAACUGGAAGUCGAAGCUGGAGGCGCGGCCGGAGGGUGUGGGCAUGGUCAAGGCGAUUAAUGCGGAGAAGUUGUGGUGGGUGGGGUUGGGGAUGACGGGGUUGGGGGGGCUGUUGUAUUUGGGGCCCAGGCGGAUGGGGAUACAGAUUUGA